UGGUCGAGGUCCACGAUGCAGCUUGUAACAGUGGCCGGACAGUUGAUCAGUUUCCGCCUGCUGCGCUGCGAGGGGGAGCGGCGGCGUCUGCCUCCCCGGAGCCCUAGCUCGCCACAAAUCGAGUGGCAGCAGUGGCUCUGGCUCGUGCAUCUCCAUCCGCUGCGCUGCAAGGAGAGGUUGUGGCUGCAUCCUCGGAGCUUCAGCUCACCACGCGGCAGGUGGAGGCGGCGGCUGCUCAGGACACGCAGUAUUGGCUCUUUCUUCCUCUCUCGCUUUGAUGAUCACCGUCAUCAGCCGAUCAAUUGUGGAGUGAUCUACUUCUCCUGCAGGGCGGACGACUUCCGGCGCCUGAUGAUCCAUGCGCUCUACGUGGGCCUCUCCCUCGACGACUACGCCUUCAUCUACGUGGACCUCUAUGGCGAGAGCCUGGUGGGGGCCCAGGGCAUGCCACGACCCCCCUGGCACCGCGGCGACGCCAACGACCCCGUCGCCAAAAAGGCCUACCAGUCCGUUCUAAUCAUCACCUACAAGCAACCAGAGGGCGCUGAGUACAGGACAUUCAUCGAGGAGCUGAAGAGGCGAGCACCGGAGCAGUAUAACUUCACAGCUAGCGACUCGCUGAAAAACAUCAUUCCUGCUGGCUUCUACGAUGGGAUUCUGCUCUACGCGUUAGCUCUUAAUGACACCCUCACCGCAGGAAGGCUGGUGAAAGACGGAGUGGUGCUCAAGCGAUACAUGUGGAACCGAACAUUUCAAGGUGUCAUAGGAAGAGUCACAAUCGAUGCCAAUGGAGACAGGGAAGUUGAUUUCUCCAUCUGGGACAUGACGGACCCAGAGGCGGGCCAGUUCAAGAUCGUCUACAACUACGAUGGCAGCAGGCAGGAGAUGGUGCCCAUGCCUGGUGUCCUCAUCCACUGGCCCGGGGGCUACGUCCCCUCCGACUUGCUGCCCGACAACAAAGUCAUAACCAUGGUGCAGCAGCUGCUGAUUGUGGUGAGCCUCCUGGUGCUGGUGGUGCUUGCGACAUUCUUCCUGAUUUACCGGAAGCUGAAGGUGGAGAAGGAGCUGGCGAGCAUGCUGUGGCGGCUUCAGUGGGAGGACAUCCACUUCAGCAAGCUCGAGAAGAGCAGGCGCACGGCCGGCAGUCGACUCACGCUCUCCAUGCAUGGCUCCAGCUACAACUCCUUCAUGACCCUGCAGGGAAAGAAACAAUUCUUUGUACAGACAGCAUAUUACAAGGGCAAUAUUGUGGCAAUUAAGCGGGUGCCAAAGAAACGCAUCGAGCUAACCCGCCAGGUCCUGUUUGAGAUGAAGCACAUGAGGGACGUGCAAAACGACCACCUGACCAGGUUCGUGGGAGCCUGCAUCGACCCACCCAACAUCUGCAUCGUCACCGAGUACUGUCCCCGAGGCAGCCUGAAGGAUAUUUUGGAAAACGAAAGCAUAAACCUGGAUUGGAUGUUUCGUUUCUCACUCAUCAACGACAUCGUCAAGGGCAUGGCCUACCUCCACGCCAGCGUCAUCGGUUCGCACGGCGCGCUCAAGUCAUCCAACUGCGUGGUGGACAGUCGCUUUGUCCUCAAGAUCACCGACUAUGGCCUGGCCACCCUCCGCUCUGACCCAGAGGCGGCGGAGGGCACCAUGCUCUUCGCAAAGGUCCUGUGGACUGCCCCUGAGCUGCUAAGGAUGGAAGUGGUCCCUCCCCAGGGCUCCCAGAAGGGUGACGUCUACAGCUUCGGGAUCAUCCUGCAGGAGGUCGCGUUCCGCUGCGGCCCCUUCUACAUCGAAAACAUGGACCUAAGUCCCAAAGAGAUCGUUCAGAAGGUGAAGAACGGGCAGCGGCCCCACUUCCGGCCGAGCACAGACACGAGCCGCCACGUGGAGGAGCUGGGCACGCUCAUGCGGCGCUGCUGGGCCGAGGAGCCCUCCGAGAGGCCAGACUUUGGCUACGUCAAGAUCCUGCUGAGGAAGUUUAACAAAGAGCGCAGCAGCAACAUAUUGGACAACCUGCUGUCCAGGAUGGAGCAGUACGCCAACAACCUGGAAGGGCUCGUGGAGGAACGGACACAGGCCUACCUGGAGGAAAAACGCAAGGCCGAAGCCCUGCUCUACCAGAUCCUGCCCCAUCCCGUCGCCGAGCAGCUGAAGCGCGGGGAGAUGGUUGCGGCCGAGGCCUUCGACAGCGUCACCAUCUACUUCAGCGACAUCGUGGGCUUCACAGCCAUCUCGGCCGCCAGCACGCCCAUGCAGGUGGUGACAUUACUCAACGACUUGUACACCUGCUUCGAUGCUAUCAUCGACAAUUUCGACGUCUAUAAGGUGGAGACGAUUGGCGACGCGUACAUGGUGGUGUCAGGGCUGCCCGUGCGGAACGGCAAGCAGCACGCGCGUGAGAUCGCUCGCAUGUCGCUCGCGCUGCUCGACGCCGUGCGCUCGUUCCGGAUCCGCCACUGCCCCGAUGACCAGCUCAAGCUCCGCAUCGGCAUCCACACGGGGCCGGUGUGCGCUGGGGUAGUGGGCCUCAAGAUGCCGAGGUACUGCCUCUUCGGUGACACCGUCAACACGGCCUCACGCAUGGAGUCCAACAGCCAAGCCCUGAAGAUACACGUGUCACUUGCAACAAAAGAGGUGCUCGAUGAGUUGGGGUCCUUCCAGCUGGAAUUACGAGGCGACGUGGAAAUGAAGGGGAAGGGGAAGAUGACCACCUACUGGCUUCUUGGAGAGGACCCGGAAACGUUGAACGAGCUCUGCUAGCGAGCGCUCGAGUCCGAACUGUUUACCGCUCCUCUAGCCGAGCCCCCAGGGGAUGCUGCCGUGCAGUCCUCCCGUACGACGCGCGUUCUGUUUUCUCACCCCCCACCCCCCCCCCCCCCGAGUGCAUAUCCAAUGAUUUCGUAGUGGCGUAAAGAAACAUAAAAAAACUACAUAUAUGUGCGUGAGCAAAACAACCCAGCAGAUUUAUACACUGAUGCCAUGUACCACUGGCACAAACCCGCAUCGCGCUGGGGCCGUGCCUGACGCGGUUCAAGGCAGCGCCAGCGUUGUUUUUCCACUACAGAAGCCGAGCCGUGCAACUGACAUCACAUGGAAUGGAUGAGUUGAGAUGCGAGAUGGCGAGACGUUAACUUCCUCACCUGGUAUACAGGAGGUCGUCGGUUUGAUCCCGACUCUUGGCACCUGCUGUAUAUUUGGAGUUUGCGUGUCGCUCUCUCCCCGUAGUCGCGUGGAUUUUUCUCUGGGUUCUCUAGUUGUUUCCUCCACAUUUAGAAUCAACGUGUGCUUAAGAGUGCUUUGCUGCAAUACAUUUCCACGUGACAAGUGACUUAAUUGAGCUAUCAUUUGUGGCCAGGUCGCUUCUGAAACAGAGCGAUAUAGCUCAGUGGGCCUUACACCUGGUAAAAUAAAAAAUAGUUAGAGCAGUUGAGUUUCCUGUCGGUGACGCAGUGACUGCGCGUCCUCACAGUGCACUGACUGAUGUCACGUGAAAUGAAUGCUUCAUUAUCUACGCCUCUGGCCCUGCUUGGCCCCAAGCUAGACUCAAACACCUUCCUAUUAAAUCUUGAUGACGAUUGCUUGUGUUGUGAUCGAAACGUCGUAGUUUUUUGUAAUUUUCUUUGAGCCAUCUACUCACUUUACCAAAAGACUCAAAGAAUACCUUCCUAUUAGGCCAGCAUAUCACGAUUUUGCUACGGCUUGGCAUGGCAAAUAUCGAGUGGAAAAUCCACCCAUGUUGUGCUGGCUCGGCCCGGUUAUGCCGGUGGAGAAGAGGUAUUAAUCGUCAUGUGAUGUUUAUUUUAUUUCGUGUUUUUUUUGUCAUCAUGGUAUUUUUUUUCAGUCGGCACCUUUUUGUAAACCAUUGGCAUCAAGCUGCUAUGACUUGUUACCUUUAAGAGACGUCAGCCUAUAUCGUUGCCUUUUGUACUUCUCAAGAGGUUCCUACUGUAAUGUUAAAUACUUAGUGUAAAGACUGCCUCGCGUGAUUUUGUUGGUAUAUUAUUGUAGAUAAUGUACAUAGAAGCUAAUCUAUAAUUAUUUUCAAAUAUACGGUAUAUAUUACAAGCUUCACAAAUAUUCCCAAGUUUAGUUAUUUGAAUUGCCGUAUUUGCUAUUGUUGACAAUAUAAUGCAGCGUUUCUAUAAUUAUGAUUGCAUUUAUUUAUUAAAAUGCUUUUUCGACUC